CCGGUCGGGUCUAGAACAGAUAGGCUGAGCACUGAGCAGUGACGAGUUUCUCUCACCUAUCGUGAAAGAAGUGUUUCUUUCAUUCAUUCAAUUAUUUAAAGGGAAGAAAAUGAAUAAUUAAUCGGAGAAUUUGAUCUUUAAAGUAUUGACUUUUUUGAGCGCGCGAUUGUGUGAAACUCAGGAAGUGAAGCUGAACACGUGUGGAGACGUCUAAGAGAAAAGUCAGAAAUGAAGUCAAUGGCUCCAUCUCUGGAGCAGGCGUACGGGCGCCGCUGGUGGAUGGCGAUCACGGCGGUGCUGGAGAACCUGCUGUGCUCGGCUGUGCUGCUGGGCUGGGGCUCCCUGCUCAUCAUGCUCAAGAGCGAGGGCUUCUACUCCCACCUCUGCAUAGGUGUUAACCAGACAGUAGUGGAGAUCAACAGCACCUCUGGGUCGUGGCUGAGUUGCAAGGACCAGGAUGAGAAGCUCAACCUGGGCUUCACCAUCGGCUCCUUCCUGCUCAGUGCGGCCACCCUGCCCCUUGGCAUCCUCAUGGACAAAUUCGGGCCCCGACCCAUACGACUCAUGGGCAGUGCUUGUUUUGCUUUUUCCUGCGCAUUGAUGUCUGUGUCAGCAUAUAACCCCCAAGAUCUCUCGGCACUCAUCUUCCUGGCUCUGUCCCUCAAUGGCUUCGGAGGAAUCUGCCUGACAUUCACCUCUCUGACGUUGCCCAACAUGUUUGGCAGUCUCAGCUCCACCGUCAUGUCCCUGAUGAUUGGCUCCUACGCCUCCUCUGCUGUGACCUUCCCUGCAGUCAUGCUGAUUUAUAAAGCUGAAGUAUCAUUCCGCGUGAUCAUGUGGGUGUGGUCAGGUGUCGCUGGCAUGGUCUUCGUGAACUGCUUCCUGAACUGGCCUGCCAAGGGUUUCCCUACCCCGGAAGAACUGGAGUACAAGAAAGCAGUGAAGGAGAAUGAGCGCUCACUGGACCACAAGCCAGAACAGAACCAUUCUGCAGAGAAACCCUCCGCCAUCACCCCUCCAAAUUCUGUGCCGUUCCUUCGCUCCGUCUUCACCCCCAUCUUUGCCUGGAGUCUGAUUACCAUGGGGAUGUCCCAGCUGCGCAUCAUCUUCUUCAUGGGGGCCAUGAACAAGAUGCUGGAGUGGCAAGUGACGCAUGGAGAGCCACAUCCUUCUGACAUGUUGGUGAAGGAAAUGGAGGGGAAGGUGGACUUCUACGCCACCAUCUUUGGCACUCUGCAGCUGUUGUGCCUGUUGACCUGCCCCCUGAUUGGCUACAUCAUGGACUGGAAGAUGAAGGAGUGUGAGGAUGAGAAAAGCGGAGGAGAUAACGGAGUGUCAUCAGGCUCCAGGCGAGACAGAAAGAUCCAGAAAGUGACCAACGCCAUGAGGGCUUUCACCCUCACCAACCUACUGCUGCUGCUGUUUGGAAUUCUGUGCCUCAUCGACAACCUCCCCUUGCAGGUUCUGACGUUCAUUCUUCACACGAUGGUGAGGGGAUUCAUCCAUUCCUGCUGUGGGGGCCUGUACGCGGCAGUGUAUCCAUCCAAUCACUUUGGCACUCUGACUGGCCUUCAGUCCAUGAUCAGUGCAGUGUUUGCCCUCCUGCAGCAGCCCCUGUUCCUUGCCAUGUUGGGGCCUCUGAAGGGAGAUGCCUAUUGGAUCAACGUGGGUCUGCUGAUCUUCUCAUUGGCCGGAUUCCUGCUGCCCGCCUACCUGUUCUACUAUCGCAGGCACCUCAUCCAGGAGAAGGAAGCAAGAGAGCAGGCAGCUGAGCAGCAGCCACUCAACCACACCGAGACCAAUGGGCACAAACCCCACACCAAUGGACACCUACCGCUGGAGGCUUAAGCUUUUAACCUCCAACUGAAUGAAUGAACAGCUGGAAUGAUGAACUGGAAUAAUGAAGAAGCUGUUUCAACUUUUCACACAUACACACUCAAACCCACACACAUGUAAACUAUGCACAAAUCUACACUUUUUCAUUGCAGUGCUUUGCUGAUAUUCAGGUGUCAGAAGAUGAAUUGUCCAGAUAGAUGGCGUAGUUUUCACAGACUUGGCAUAUAUGUGAAGUUGGGGCUUAAUGUUAUUUUAGUGACUCGAAUCCAAAGACAAAUCAGCUGUCCUGCACAGCUUGAGUUAAGACUGUAGAAGUUAGGACCACGGCCCGCUGCACGCACAGAUACCCAGGACAGUUGUCUCUGAAAUGUCUACCUCUUCCUUUUCCAUGUGUUUUUAAUGUGCAUGCCUUAGCCUGUGUUCAUGUCUUGUCAUCCAACUCAGACUCAAUGGGAGUGUGAAUUCUAGUGUAAGUGUCCAGCUGAUUUCAGAGUGCCAUAUUAUGACAUGAGGAUGGGGGCGGGGGGGGGGGAGUUGGCAGGGUGCUCAGCCUUUAGUUUGACCUACAUCAGCUUCAACUAAAGUGUUUUGUAUUAUAGCAUUAUUUGUAAGGAAAUAUCACCUCAAAACAUUUCUGUCCUUGAAUUCAAAGGGCUUGAAAUGUACAAUAGUGAGUUAAUGUAUCAUGAAUAGAAUGCUAUUUUGUAUUUACAACGGCUGUAUUUUUGUGUAAGGGAAUGAAUUUGUUUAUAUUUUAAUUGUAAGUGUAUACAUGAAUACCAAGGUACUUAGUUUGCUCAUGUUUUAAGGUUUGUGCUUUAAGGUUUUGAAGUGUGUAUUUUUUUUAAAAGUUAGUAUAAUAUCUGGAAUUUUAUUGGGAAAAAAAAGAAAUUCUUAAAAUGGAUCUGAUGGUCAGAAAAGCUUUGUCAUGGAAACAAAAGGAUGGUUUUCUAGAUGGGCGAGAUUUACUCUAGGAUAAAGUAUGUUGUAAAUGCUUGUGCUUGCUUCCACUUUGGUGAGAGUAGCUCACCAUGCAGUCACAUUAGGUCAUUUAUUAUCCACAAGUGCCACAACACAUUUGCCUUUUGUAAAUCGAGCCAUGAAUGUAAAAAAGUACUGUCCCCUGUUCACACCUGGAUAAACCAAAGUCCACUGAGCAGCUAUGUUCAGGUAUCAUUCUCAGGGCUAAGUACUAUGCAAUUAUUUCUUUGCAGUCAUGCAAUGCAAAAGAAAUUGUCACAUGUGCUCUCUUGCGCAACAUCAAAAGCGUCACAUUCUUUAUCAAUAAAAUAGCUGGAAAUGUA